UAUACCUUAUACCAUGACCAAGCCUGCUAUUCAUCCUGUAUAUGCCGCUGCCUAUCAGAACCGCAAGGCCGUCGCGCCUCCUUUAGAGACCAUGCCACCUCAAGUGGUUCGUGCAUUCUUGCAUGACCGUGCCCUCACGGCCAAGGUACCCUUACCGAACGUUCUGGAAGAAGACCGCCAGAUCACCAUGGACGACCAACAAGUCAACAUUAACCUGAUUAGACCUGAAGGCACCCAAGAUAAGAUUUUACCCGUUAUUAUCUACCUCCACGGUGGAGGAUGGGUCUUUGGUAACAAGCACACACACGCAAAGAUCAUUCGUGAAUUGGCGAUACAAACGGAGGCUACUGUACUUUUCGUUGAUUACGCAUUGAGUCCCGAAGCGAAAUUCCCCGUGGCUUUGGAACAAUGUUAUGCAACGGUAAAGUGGGUGCUCGCUAAUGCUGACUCUAUCAAGGUCGAUGCAAACAAGAUUGCUAUUGCAGGCGAUUCCGCAGGAGGCAACAUGUCGGCCGGUGUUUGCAUCAUGGCGAAGCAGCGUGGUUUGGUUCCUAAUGCCAUCAAAGCACAAGUGCUCCUUUAUCCUGCACUUGCUGCCUCUCACGAAGAAUUCCCUUCCUUUGAAAUUUUUGGUCAGGGCGAUUAUAAUCUUUCAAAGAAGGAAGCAGAGUACUUUUGCGAGCAGUAUUACUCUGCCCAUCCUGUUGAAAUGAAUAACGUCUUGGCUACUCCUAUUCUGGCCACUUCGGAAGAACUUGCAGGAACCCCAUCUACCCUCAUCCUUACUGCUGAAGCAGACAUUUUACGUGAUGAAGCCGAAGCUUUCGGACGUAAAUUACAAGCAGCAGGUGUCGACUGUUUGGCUGUACGUAUAGUUGGUGCUGUGCACGGCUAUAUCACAGUACCCGUCGAAACACCUCAAUACCGUCAUAGUUUAUCUUUAAUCUCUAAGCAUAUCACCGACACAUUCGCCAAAGUUCAAAAAUAAAUCCGCAUCAUAUCAUUC